UCCAACGACGACUGCGGCUGCGACGAUCCGGGAAUCGAAAGUGCGUGCACCUAAUUUUUAGAAAAGAUAGGCGUGAUCGUGAAAUAAUCACUGACUGUUAGAAAAGGGAAACCUUUCCGGAUUUCGUGUCCCUUCGAACGGGCCAAACUUCGAGGAUUCUACUGCGUGUGAAGAAAAGGACUGUCCAACAGUGAUCAAACUAGCACCCGAAGUGUAGAGCAGUUUCAUCUGUGUGCCAAAGGUGUGCGUGUCGAACGGCUAGUGCGAAGCUGUAUCGUCACGAAUAGUUAAAGGAAUGAUAUUGGGUGUAAGUUCCUGAAGGAGGAAAAAGAGAAGGAUUGGAGCAGAAGCAGCAGCAGUGAUCAGCCUAGUGACCGGGAUCACGUAUCGAAGGAAACGAGCGCGCUAAGCAAACGGGUAGCCGAAACGCAGCAACCCGUGGUGUGUUGUGCGUCUACAGCAGCGCAGUUCGACCCAACAGGUUUGCUCGAACGUACGCCACGACGACCCUGAAAGUUGUUCACGCGAGCCGAUCGCGCUUCCACAUCCGCCACACUUGUUCUACUCGCAAGCAGCGAAAGAACGAAUACAUCGAGCGAGUUGGGAAUUCGUGGCGAAACGAUCCCAACACGUUAAGAACACGAUAAAGGAAAAAUCAGACAUCAGCCCAGCCCAUUACCGACUAGAUCGUAGCAAAGGCCCGAAAGUGGUGGGACAGGUGGAUUCCAUCCAUUUUCCACCUUGGGAAGAUUGGAUUUCGUAGCGAAAAGCCUUUUUUCGCAAGAGUGGAAAACGCAACAGUAUCUGUAAAAUGAUUCCAUCCUUAUUCUGACGGCGGUCAUUUGGGAUCUUGUGUGGUGAGGACAGUGGAAAUACUACGUACGAUCAGAAGAGAGGUUAAAUCGUCAAAAUUUUACUCUCGAUCAUCCUAUCAAUCCGUUGCACAUCGCUAAGAAGGGUGUCGCCCCAUUCCUUGGUUCACAACAACGGAUCGAUCCUCGUAGCUGGUUUACUCCAGGCACCAUCGACCGCACCGUGUUACGAGGGAUAACGGCUAGUACGGUGCGUGCUCGGUUGGAAGGCAAGGUGGUGCGACGAGCAGAAGCUUUCUACACGCUUCAGCGCUCCGGAGUUUCCUCCUUACGCAAGUGACGGUUCAAUCUUAUUCCAUUUAGAGCUUAAAACAAGGGCAGAGUGUUUCACAAUCGAAAUAUAUAUAGUUAAUCAUGUGAUACACGUGUGUGAAAUCAUAUAAGCUAAAAGUAGACAUAUUAAGCGCGAAAAGUGUUGUGUCUGCAGCGGCAAAGUUUAACGGCCAAAUUUGUGCUGUGUAUAUGUGUGUAGUUUUAAAAAGUUAUAUCUACCAGUUAUUACUCUCGGUUACACGUAGGCUACACAUUUCCAUUAUUGAUAAGCAAAAGUUCAGUUGUGUAGAAAGUAAGUAGCAUUAGCGGAAUUCGUUUGGUGCAUACGUAAGGGACCCAUAGUGAUAGAGUUGUUUAUCAUUGGUGCACAUAUCCAACGUCUGGAAGUAGGAAGUUGAACCGAAAGUUUGGGUUCGGCAUAGUGGAAUUAAAACGAAAAAGGAAUCCGAUAGUUGUUCCGUACGUGGCAGAAAAGUAGAUUCACCAAAAGACGACGGUGUGGUUUUUGUGCUCGUAUUCUUACGGACCAAGGGGGAAAUCAUUUCCCUCGGCGUGCUAGCAAAGGGCACACUAUGGAUCCGGCUGUCGCAUGGUACCAGGAGGAGCAGGAAGGUCCAUCGAUGGCCGUCUGGCUGCGAAUCUGGGAAACGAACUCUGAACUGUACUCGCUGAACGCCAACUACGGCCCGGGCAGCAACGGUGGAAGUGGACCGGAGGGCCCCAAGGGUCCCCGAGGAAGCGCCGGUGGUGGUGCAGGCGAGCAAAACAACAACAACAACAACAACAGCAAUCUUCAGCAAACGUCCCCCACCGGUGUGGAAGGAAACGGUAAAACGAUCGGCAACAGUAACGCUAGCACCGGCCCUCCAAACGCCGGCGGUGGUGGUAACGCAGCCCUCGCAACCAGUGGCAGUAACGCACCCGUAAUGGCGGGUGGCGGAAACGGAACCAACCAGAGCACCACCACUGCCAACAACGGGAGCAAUAGUAGUAGCAACACCAACAACAAUAUCAACAUCACCAGCAGUGGUGCGAACGGAGGCGAGAUGAUAACGAGUGGUGGUACCGGUGCGGGCGGCAAUGGAGGCCCGAAUGGGGCCGGCAAGGGUGGCAGCGGGGGCGGUCUAGUCAGCAGCGAGAAGAACUACAAUCCGGUGCGCAAGAAACUGGGCAGUAUGAUGACCGACAACAAGGCCAGCACAUUUAACAUGAACAAGCAGCAGCAUCGACUGAUCGGCGUGCACGGCGGAUGUCCCUGGCGGCCGCCGGGCUUCAAGUACGGUCGAGGCAUUGUCGGAUUACACCAAGAAAUAGAACAGUUCUUUGCACACAUGAUCCCAACCCCAACCGAACACAGCCUACGGGUAAUGGUUGUGAACCGGAUAGAACAGAUCGUGCUGAAUCUCUGGCCAUCGGCUCGCGUAGAGAUGUUCGGCUCUUUCCGCACCGGGCUUUACUUACCAACGAGCGAUAUCGACUUGGUUGUGAUCGGACAGUGGGAAAAGCUGCCCCUCCGGACGCUCGAAAUGGAGCUGAUCAACCAGGGCAUCGCGGAAACGAACUCCGUCCGGGUGUUGGACAAAGCGUCCGUGCCAAUCGUGAAGCUGACCGACCGGCAGACGCAGGUCAAGGUGGACAUUUCGUUCAACAUGGAAUCGGGUGUGCAGUCGGCGAAGUUGAUCAAGGGCUACAAGCGCGACUAUCCGGUGCUGGAGAAGCUGGUGCUAGUGCUGAAGCAGUUUCUGCUGCAGCGCGACCUUAACGAGGUGUUCACCGGUGGUAUCUCGUCCUACUCGUUGAUCCUGAUGUGCAUCAGCUUCCUGCAGCAGCAUCACCGGAAGCCGAACAGCUUUUCCAAUCUCGGUGUGCUGCUGAUCGAGUUCUUCGAGCUUUACGGGCGCAAGUUUAACUAUAUGAAAAUCGGAAUAAGCGUGAAAACGGGACGAUACAUACCGAAGGAGGAACUGCAGCGUGAAAUGAUCGAUGGCCAUCGGCCGAGCUUGCUGUGCAUAGAGGAUCCAUUGACUCCUGGCAAUGACAUUGGGCGUUCAUCAUAUGGUGCACUACACGUGAAGCAAGCUUUUGAGUACGCCUAUAUCGUACUUAUGCAAGCCGUGCUGCCGAUAGACAAGAAUCUGAAUGACUGUAACCGCCAGAGUAUACUCGGCCGGAUAAUACGCGUGACGGACGAGGUGAUCGAGUAUCGCAAGUGGAUACGGGACACUUUCGAGGGAAGACUGAUUCGGCAACCGGCAACCAACAACAGCUUACCACUGUCAACGACGGUGCUCAUUAGUGACCAGCACUACCUACCGAUUCUACAACAGCAGCAACAACAAAACACACGCCAUUUACCUCAGCAACAGCAGCAGCAGCCACAGCAGCAGGUUCUCCACCACCAGCAGCAACAUGCCCCGUACACCCGAGUCUACUACACCCGAAGACCGAGCACAUCAAGCGUAGAACUGUCCGAGGAGAGUAUGGACAGCGAUGGGGGUGGUGACGGCUGCAACAACUGCAGGGUGGUCCGUGAUACCUCGCCGUCGUCCGGCUUGACCCAGUCGCCCCCGGGUGAACUGUACGACGUGCAAGGAGGCACACAGAACGUUACCGGCCCAACGAUCAUGAUGGUGCCGGCCCAUCUGGCCUCCACAGCAUCCCAUUCACACGACAUGCUGAUAGAGGAGAACAACAUGCUCAACAUGGCCCACCACCAGCAGCAGCAGCACCACCAGCACCAGCAGCACCCGCCCCAACAGCAACAGCAACAGCAGCAGCAACAACUGUCCGAUCCUAACGCAAUCGGCGACAGUCAGGUGAUCAACUACAACAACAUGAACAAUCGUCGCGUAAUUCUACCGUCGCCUAAUCAGCAGUCGAACCAGCACCACCAACCGACUGUCGGCGGAAAGGGUGGUGGCGGUGGUGGUGGUCCGUACAAUCGUGCCAGCGCGGAACGCCUCCUCACGAAAAGUGCAAGCGGGAACGGUUUGAUGGUGAACAGCAGCCAGAACAAUAGUAAUAAUAAUGAUAACAAUAUUCACGGCAAUAGUGGGACACAACACCUAAGUACCACCGCCCACCACCUCCACUCGAGCAGCGGUCUGGUGCGGCACAAUAGUAGUAAACAUCGCCACCGAUCGGCGAUGCAUGGCGUGGUCGUCGGUCCCAGCUCUUACCAAUCGAUGGCAGGAGGCUGUGGGGGUGGUGGUGAUGGGAACGUCCUGAGUAGUUUUAACAACAAUAGCAUGCAUAGCAGCAGUAGCAAUCGAAAUAGUUCAGCCGACAUGAUUUUACAGGACGAAAAUAGUCUGCUCAGCGAACCGACGAUGGGCGCGACGAAACUGCUGCCUGCCGGGGUAGGCUCGAAUGUGAUCAUGCUAACUGGAGCCACUAACCGGAAUAGUAGUGCUGGUGUUGUGCUGGGCUCGGCCGGUAAUCUGAAGUUCCACAUAGCCGACGAUGAUGGUAGGUGUGGAAUUAGGAGUAGUUGUUUUCGUAGUGCUAGCAACGGCAAAAAGUCCUCCCACAGUUCGUCCAAGCGCAAGAAGAACAACUCACCGGGUGACAAAAAUAGGCUGAUAAGCAGCGAUGGUGUUGCUGGUGGUGCUGGCAUUGGAUCGACGGGACCAACGGGGAUCAAUUUCGGACUUUCUUCGGGUGGUAGUGUUGUGACGGUAUCGGGCGCCGCGCUCGACGGACGAUGAUAGCAAUCGGUGGUGGGCGGGUUCCUUCUGGGACGGUCUUACUACUACUGUCACUACUGAAAUAGAGAUAGUAGGGAGUUGUGUGCAUCAUCGUAUCGUAGGUUGUUAACCAAAUGAUGCAACAACAACAUCAAAAAUGUUUGUGAUCCACAAAGAGGAGGGUAGAAUGGGCCAUACUGCCGCAAACCAACCCAAAAGGCCAAAAGUCCAAGAAAAAAAAAAAAUAUGUAUUUGGGAGAAUACACCCCCAGCAUCAACGCAGGUUGUCGAGAGACACACGGACGGUGUGGUAGACCACAGUGGCGAGAGAUUAUUUAAGUGCCCCGUUCUUUUUCGUUUUUUUAACUUUCACUCAAUAGCGAAGCUAAAUCAUCGAUCAUUACUCUUCUAGGAUUAGUCAGACUACGUUGUGUUACUAGUAUCGUUAUUAAUAGUUCUACAUUCUCUUACACUCCGGUUUAACGCGUACUGCCCCGUACACAAUCACUUUCACAUCGACAUUUCGAUGUCCAAUGCCCGGCAUGCUGAUGGUCUGUACGUUUUCCGACUGUUGUGGACUCUUCGUUUUUCUGUGUUCGAUAGGAUCUUCCUUACGUCCAGCUGGUGGGGCCCCCUUCACCCGCUGGGAAGCAUUGGACGCUUCAAAACACUAGCGCACGUUGGUUGCCGCAUGAUGAGUAUUAAAAAAAGAGAAAAAAGCAAACACAAACAUCGGUUUGUUGCUAGUUUGGAUGGUCGAAUUGUGCCUUUCCGAAAAAAAAAUCGAACUGAACAAAAAAAAAAAAAAAUCGUCAUGCUCAUUUUCUUAUGCUUUCUAUUCAAAACGAUCGCGUUUCAGUUCCGUGGCACGGGUUGUUUUGAUCGUGGUCAUCUAACUUCUUGCCUCCUUGGAAACAAAUUUUCAAUUAAUAAUGUUUCCAACGUGCCCAAUAGGAGAGGCACGUGUAUGAAUGAAUGAAUUAUGGGUCUGUGUCCCACCAAACACAUCCCUUUCCGUGAUGUAAACAUAAACAUCUCUGCCCAUGCACCUAGCUCUGGAAGGAGUGAGAAUGUGGAAGAGGCGGAACUGGAGGAUACGUAACGGUUGCGAUAUUGGUAGAGAACCUCACACGUAGUGUCUAGCUAGGGGCAAUGAAAAUUAUAACAAAUCGAAAAAAAAGAAACUAGAAUCAUAGGCAGCACGAAUGGCUAUGUGGAAGCAUUAAAAAUGUUAAAUCCAUGAGAAUCAGGAUACAGUUUAUAGGAAAAAGAAGUAUAAAAAAGCAAACAAAAAGAAAGUCCUACGAAAUAGCGAAACCAGUGGAGAAAUAGUUUUCCGCUCACAAGGUUCGAUUUACACAUGAGAUAAUACGAUAGUAAUAGUAGGAGUAGUUGGAAAAAGUCACAAAAAAGAUAGCGAUUUUUUCAGUUUAGUCAGCAACAUUUCCUAUCGUUUUGACUUUUCAAUGAGCAAUGAAUUGCGGGAAAGCACACGCAAGGAAAAAGCACUGUGAGAAGAAAAAAAAAAGAAAAAUGAACAAAUUGGGAGUUAAAAAAAAUGAUUUGCAGCAAAAUCAUCAUACAGCAAUUCAUUGCCAAUCAUCAUCAUCAU